CUAGUGAAUGUGUUCGAUAGAUUUGGAGGCAUGGGUAUAAAAUUGACUGCAGCAGUUGAGUGCUGCAUUCUGUGGAUUGUAACCAUGAAGGAUAGUAGUCGAUGAUACUGAAGUCAUAAGGUUCCUGAUGUUCAAAAGCAAUUCAUUACCUGAUGCUAAGGUUACUGGGCUGUAGCUAAUACAUAAGGUAGCUAAGUAAUCUAUUGUACCAAUUUUAUCAUGAGAUAACUUUUGUCUGCUUUCUUUGAAACAUUUUAGUGGUACCAGAGCAGAGGAUAUUAUUUUGUAGCUGCUAAGGAGUAAACAGAAUUAUUUUAUAGGAAUAGAUUAUGUAUCAGUCUUUAUUGGGAUACUCAACGUGUUGGAAAUAGUAAACUACUGGAUACAAAUGAGACUUAACAUAAUAAGAACUGCCAAGCCGAACUGACAUGAGCGCACAUUAGAGGAGAGGAAGUCACUCGACAAAUUGAGGCUUAAAGCAAUGACAUACAGAUUGUGAAUCUAAAGGUCAGACUCGAGCUGCUCAUCGCAGAAUCAUUGAGAACUGAAUGACCAUUCAAUAGCUUCCAACAGAAGGAUUAGGAGAUAGCUCUUCUCUAAAAGACCUAAGAUAGGAUAUGAUGAAGACAAUAGCAAAUGCUGCCAAAAGGCUAUUAUGAUGUUAUGAGUGUAUUGAACAAUAGGUUUAACACGUUUCGUUCUUUAUCAUUAAGUCAGUCGCACAUAUCGCAAGGACAGCUUAACAAGCAGGUCUACUGGAUAUCUUUAUGACCGAAAGGAUUAGGUGCAUCCUCGAUAGAUAACCAGGAUCCGAGACGAGAGGAGUGUAACAAAAACAAGACAAACCAAUAGUAUCCAAUCAACAAUUUAGCAGAUAAUCGCUUCAUCGAUGCUGCACUGUGCGGUAAUAUUGUUACAACAAUCACUUCACUGAUUCUGUCGAAAGGAACGACAAUAAUAAACCACACCUCACAACAUUCUGGAUUACCUUACUGCUAAUGGGAAAGGAGAAUAUCUUUGCUCUUUACAGAGCCUUCUCGCAAAGAUCACUUUUUCACUGAAGGAAAGGAGCAAACCAUUAUCGAUAAACGUUCACCCAUUACAGUUAAAACCACCAACUUAUCACUGUCACACACAGACAGUACAUUACGGUCAAAUUGGGCCCAACAUCUUAGCAUUAAAACAUUGCAACUGAAAUUGCAUCAAAUGAGGAAGAGGAUACGGAGCAUAACAAUCCAAAAUCAGCUCACUGCCAUGAAUCACAAACUGCUUCUUAAGCUAAGCCACUGGUACAAACUGUCAAUCACGUUUUGAAAGCAAUUUACAAGAUAAAGACAAACUGUAUGAUGACAUCCUUUGCUUCCUAGUAAGGACAGUCAUCCUGCCUCAAAGACAACCUACAAAUCACCUAAUGACUGAUAUUAGCCCUCUUCUUGACACGCGUCACAUGGUCAAAGGAGGAUUGAAAUAGACUCUGUCUGCUGAAUAUUUGCUAAUAGGAAGGGUCACACAGCCCCGUGUCAGGUAGCGGUGGUUGAAUAAUAGGAGGAGACCAGCACAGAGAUUAUUAGUAUUACAGUUCCAGGAGUUAGGAAAUAUAGUAUCGUAGUGCCAGGAGUACUGAGAUAUGGUAUUGUAGUUGGUUAUGUGAUUGAUUGGGUUCCGAUUUCCAACUAUACUCAUCACAGUUCAUGUUACGACACAUUGGAUACUCGGGAAAACUAUGUUCAAUACACAUAUCAAUUCAAGUGGAGAUUGACCACAAAGGCUGAACAAACGUAUUGAAUCAAUGUACACUUAAAGAACAUAUGGAUACAAGCAUCUACUGUGUUAUUUUUCAAAUUUGGAAAAGCAAGAGUGAAUGAAAACACAUCAGUUUGUUGACAGAUUCGAUGGUUCUAAUUUUUGAAACCAGUUCCAUUGUGUUCACGACUGAAUAAACCUAUGAUUUGUAUGAACUUUUUCCCACAUCAUGUCAGCUAUUGAUAAUCUGUCGGCCAACAUGACGAUUAAUCCAACCAAACCAUCGAUCUUAACAACAACGGUAGCAGAGGAGCCAGUUACAAAGAAUAUCUGGCCAGACACGAACUUGGAUGAGAUAACAGCCAUCAUUAAUAUCUAUACACCGCCAGUGAUACUGGCGUUUGGCACAAUAGGAAACAUCUUGACAAUAGGCGUCUUGUGUCGGAAGCCGUGGCGUCAACAAUCCACAGUGUUUUACCUCCUAACGUUAGCAGUCGCCAAUACUUUAGCUCUUUUCAUUGGCUGCUCUUCAGAAUGGAUAGCGUAUGUAAGCAAACUACGGAGCAUAACAAUCUUAGCAGACUGGUUAUGUCGUGUUUGGAAGUUUCUCUUUAACGUCAGUGUGCACUUCCCAACAUGGCUUGUUCUGGCAAUGACAAUCGAUCGCUUUGUGAUGGUCUGGUCACCACAUCGGGCCCCACACAUCUGUACAGUUUUCCGUUCCAAAGUUGUCAUUAUUUUCAUCACUGUAGGGCUAAUCUGCGUCAGCAUUCAUGCCAUGUGGACCUACGUUUUAGUUGAACACGGCAAUGCCCACAAUUGCUGGGUUGGUAUCAACCAUCAUUACUUUCACACGCGUGUGUGGCCGUGGGUCCAGGGUGUCAUCUACAGCUACAUACCACUCUCUCUGCUCUUUAUUUUCAUCCUAUUGCUAUCAGUUGCCAUGUUCCAACGUGGUGGGGAAGUAAGGAUCCUGCCUGAACUCAAUCGUGCAGUUUUAGUGAUAUCUUCUUCGUACUUUUUAUUUGCCAGUCCAGCAACUAUAAUGAACAUUUGCGAGUACACUAUGCCUAUGUCACAGAAACAGUUAAAUGAUGUGCGUGCUACAGUGUACCUUACUCGUGCUGUAUUACAAGUCUGCAUAUGCUUAAACUAUGCCAUAACUGGACUUUGCUUGUUUGUAUGUUGUCCAACAUUUCGGAAGGAUAUCUGGGAAUGCUUGUCCUGUCAGAACUGUGCUAAAAAUCGUCGAGGAAUGGAGGAGAUACCAACGGUUGAAAUCAAUGGGGAAGGCAUUAAGAUUGAGGUGGAAGAAUCAGUAGUGACAACACCGUUGUGAAAAUUAAAAGCCUGCAGACAGAAAUCAGUGGUGACAACACCAUUGUGAAAGUUGCGAGUCUGCGGGCAGGAAGAAGUGGAGACAAAACCAUUGUGAUGGUCACGAGUCAACAGGUAGAAAUCAGUGGUGACAACACCAAUCUUGUCUUGCGGAGUGUUUAACGUGGUUGCCAGUGCCUGACUAGUAGUGACAUCUGUUUUCAAGUAAUUCAGAAGCAAUGUUUUUGCAAUGCAAAAUAUCAUGACGUGAUGUCAACUUCGUUGUAUUCAGGAAUAAUGCUUUGUUAAAAGGAAAACCUGAAUCCUUUGCUUCUCACAUAUUUGGAACAAUAUUUUCAUGCGAAAGGAAAAAAAGACCUGUCUAAAUAUCAUCAAUUUUCACCUUAAACAUGUUUAACAAAACAUUACUUCUGAUGUGUAUAUAACAUAUUUUGUUAAAAUGAUUAUUCACUAAGGAACUGUUAACUCUUUGACCGCAUAUGGUGUGGUUGACUUCCACCAGCAUACUCGCUGGAUAGUUUUAUAUCAAAAGGUUAUACUUGUUAGUAGACAAACAGGUUGCAGGCAUAAACAAUGUCAUCCAAUUUUCUUUCACAACAGAAUGGAAGUGUACUUGGAAUCCUGUAUUAUGACUUUUAUUAAAUUUAAUCUGAACAUGUACAUGUAAAAGUUAUGAUAUUUUACCCCCUGGUUUCUAGGGGGACUUAUUCAGAUAUUCAAUAUGUAUGGUUAAAUGUGUAAGUGACAUUCAUUUGUAAAUAUAUCAUUUUUCUACUAUAAUAACUACAAAUAAAUCAAAAGGUUUGCUCUGCAAGACAAUGGAGAUUAAUGAUGGAUAGUAGUGUGGAGAUUACAAAAUUGGUUCUCCUAUGAUGGCAUAUCAUGUAGGGGUUAUUUUAAGUAUUUACAUAGGGCCAUUUACAGGAUGCAAAAAUAGAUCCGAAUGCAUCAGAAUGUGGUUGUACAGCUUGUCGUGUAAACGGCCCUAAUGCUAAAACCUCCAAAUCAGAUUCUGCAAUGGAGGUUUGCAAAGUAGUGAUGAUUUGGCAGUGGAAUUAGAUUUAGUGGUAAAUAUAAAAGUUGCUUGGGACGAAGUGAAAUCUAUUUUGUCUUGAGGAUUAUGAAGUGUAGAGGAAAAGAAGACAGACAAGUGGGAUUUUUAUUAUGCGUGCAGUAAGGGUCAAGUCUUGUUUAAUUAAAGUGAACUUAGCAUGAUCAGCGUAUUAGCCUACUUUCACAUUAUCACUACCUACGAAAAUGUAUCUGAUGAACACAGAAUGGGGACAAGAGAGUUCCAUUCAGAAACUUAUGUAUGGGAAUUCCAUAGCUUUCUUAUGUGUUGUGUUUUGCCUGGUGAGAGGAGUAAUACCCAAAUCUGAAAGGGUAAACUUGAAUCGCUACCAUGUGUAAUAUUUCAUUUGUCAGCUUGAUUAAUAGUUUCAAAUAAAAUC